UGGAGGUGUUUCAUGGGAGACCAUCUUGUACGCCCUCCACAGCCAUUUCCGUUCGGGGUGUUCCUGUGUCUUGUUGAUUUCAAUGCCGUCGUGCAACAUAUCAGAUGACAAUGAGUGCGUAUAAAUCCUCAAGCCUGGAUCACUUAUAAUAGAUAUAUAAUUGGAGAAAUAUUUUAAAAGCCUCCAUUGUACUCAAGAAUAAAAAUGACCGUCACAAUAACAACAAAAAUGAAGCCUCUGGUGAUGAUCCUCGUCCUGGCAAAUCUCUCUGAACAGAAGUCCAUAAGACGACAGCUGGAAUUCCUCCCUUCCACUUUUCCUUCAGCGCCUACAGAUGAUACGUCAGAAAAACCUGCAACUCGACUACCCAAAGCAGGACAUUCUGGCCGCACGUCUGGAAAUGAUGACCAACAAGAAUCACCCAUCUCGGAAGACGAAGCUCUCCCGUCCCUCUUGGAAAUGUCAGCCAUCAACCAGCUCUUGGAGUUUUUGACCAGAAACGCCACUUCUCUAGACUUCGACUUAGAAGCAGGCGCAGGAGGAGGGCCUUCCCAGGGUCGGGGUUCCUCAGGGGCGGACGCACUGACCACGGGCAACUUGAAGAUCGAUAAAUUACUGGCUAAUUUAGAGGAACCUUCUGAACGUAGCAAGUCGAUCUGGAUGGCGCUUCUCCAAGAUCUUGUGUCCAACGGCUCGCUGACCGAACUUCUAGGGAAUUUCAUUCAAGAGUCCGCUUCCCAGGCCAAGCGGGAAGACCCAUCAUUCCCUGGUCUGGAAGGGCAAGAAGACCUCCUGGAAGAGCAGCAGCAGCAGCAGCAGCAGUCCCCAGAUCAGCCAGGGUCACCUGGCAGCCCCUUGACGCAGAUGGAGGAGUUCAUCCUGGAACCUCACUUGGGUCCUGCCAUCAUGCCCUUCCAGUUACCCGAGGGCUUCUUCGUGUCCUUCAUACCCCGGAGGGCGUUCGGGGUAGUGAACGGCGUGGCCCGUCCUCCCCACGGGCACGGGUCCUUCUACAACUACCGCCCCCCCGGGCUCGUCGAUGUCAUUAACGCCCCGGCCUACGGGUACCACUUCCACGGUUACCGGAGGUUCGAUCCAGAGGCGGGGCCUUUCGAUGAUAGCUACUUCUACGACGAUGAGGAUGAAGAGUUUGCGGUUGAUGAGGAGGGAGAGGGAGCUGUUGAUGAAUAGCGGGUCUAUGGCACUGUUGAUGACUGUAUCGAUAAUAGGGAUAUUCUGAUGAAUGUGCCAGCAAUAAGGGCCUGGUGUUGAAUAGCUAAACUAUGGUACUGUUAAUUACUGUAUCGAUAAUAGGGAUAUUCUGAUGAGUGCGUCAGCUAUAAGUACUUGUUGUUGAAUAGCGGGUAUAUGGUACUGUUGAUGCAUGUGCCAAUGAUAAGGAUCUCCUGAUGAAUGCACACAGCGAGGACUUGUUGAUGAAUAGCUAAGAUAUGGUACUGUUGAUGACUGUGCCAGUAACAUAGAUCUGAUGAAUAUGCCAAUGGUAAGAACUUGUUGAUGAUUACCGGCAAUAAUGACCAGCUGAUGAAUACACCAACGAUGACCUGUUGAUGAGAACUACCAAUAAGAACCCGUUCAUGAGCACUUAACAAAAAUGGUCUUGCUGAUGACCUCAUCAACAUUAAUGACCAGCUAAUGAAUACGUUAGCAAUAUAGACCUGUUGAUGAAUAUCAACAUUAGUGGUCAACUGAUGAAUACCAGUAAUAGGACCUAUUGAUGGAAUGCACCAACAAAAAGGACUUGUUGAUGAAUACAUCUAAAAAAUACGGACUUUUUGAUGAUUUCGUGCUAGACGAACCUCUGAAUAGUGAUUAAAGAUAAACGUUUGUAGUGACUGAUACGCAACCAAGCUAAUAAGAAAUAUCUACGCUUCUCUGACGGAUAUUAAGAGGAGAAAUUUAGUGCAACAAAUAUUGACGGAUGACCUGUCAAAAGUGGAUAUUGAAGGGUGUAGUGUAUAUACAACUACUCGCUUAUGUAUACACGUGCCUCUUUACAAAUUGGCGAAUCAUAUUAAGCAUGAUAAAUAUUUAUUAAGUGUCUGAGGGGCGGGAGGGAAACGUGCAGUGUUUUGUCUGUGAUUAUUGAAUUAAUUGACUUAAAGAGGCUCAGCCAAUGGCCUCUGAGUAAAAAUAUGUAAAAUAAAGUGCUAUGCAUUUAAUCUAAUGAUAAAAUGUGCUCUAUAGAUAUGAAAUUUAUUAACUAACUUACAUUUUUCAGUUUCCCAAGCGUGAGUGUAUAUAAAAAAAAUAAUAAUAAUUUCCUUCGUAGGGCAUUUGAUUACGCUGUGUCUUUAGACUGAACUGGAUAAAUGUCAGCACGUGCUCUUGCUUAGAAAAGCGAGGAAGUUUUUUUUUUCAACGUUCCAAUGAAACUGAAACUGAUAUUCUAUUUAUUAGUAUUUUAUUUAGGGAGAAGGUUGUGUAGAAUGGCAUGAUUAAGCUGCGUUGAUAUCUUGUUAUACUUAAUUUAAUAUUAAAAAAAAAGUGAGACCAGCAUUUGACAUUUACGUUUCGGUGGAUUGUCGAAGAUGAAACAGAAGCCAUCAGUGUUCGAAAUGAUUCAAGAAGCAAUAAAA